AAUUGUUGGUAAAAAUAAUAUAAAAUAGUUUGGAAAAUUAAAAAUCUAAAAUUGUAAAAAAGAUCAGAAUAUCAAAAUGGAGGCGAUACCGGAGAAAGAACUAAAAAUCAUCUAUUCCCAAGAUAAAACAGGACAAGGAGGUAUAACUUGGGACCUGGAGAAGAAUAAUAUCUACGGCAGAUAUAUGGUUGCUUUAAGAGAUAUAAAUCCUGGAGAACUGAUCUUCCAGGAAGUACCCCUGGUUUUUGGACCCAGUGUGUACAACCCUGUACUAAUAUGCCUGGGCUGUACAAGGCACAUGAUUGAUGAUGUUGGAUGUGUGAAGUGUGGCUGGCCACUGUGCAGCGAGAAAUGUCCUCUGCUGUCAGUACACAGAACAGCUGAGUGCACGCAUCUCGCAAAAUAUAGUGGAGAACUACGAGAAUCCGGAGAAUUCGACUUGAACCUUCUCAAUUCUAUUCUUUACAUCAGAAUUAUUCUGCUGAAAAACUGCAAUAAGGAUGCCUGGAAUCGGUUCCACGUGCUAGAUUCUAUGCUAGAAGCGUGGAAAGAAACUGGUUUUGAAGAUGAGAACGAAAACAUUAAAUUGAUCCGUGACAAAUUUGGUAUAAAGAUUUGCUCAGAGGAAGAAGUUCUAACUGUGAUAUCAACAUGCUCAACAAAUGCUUUCAGCAAGUACCUGGAGCCCGGCUUGAUAACUUCAGAACCUGACAAAGGCCCAGGACUGCUUGGAACUACGGCUCUUGUAUCUCCUAGACCCGGAGAAGCACCGGGACGGGUUGGAACCAAGGCUCGUGUAAUGUUCCUUCUCUCUAGUAUGAUGUCACACAGCUGUUUUCCUAAUGCGGAGCAAACUAUUGGCUCCCAGGUGGAUGGUAUGCAGUUUGAGUUGAGAGCCACGAGACCAAUUUUAAAAGGGGAACAGAUCCAAAUUAGCUAUGUUGAUCUCCUUGAACCAACCCUGAUCAGACAAUAUAAUCUUCUCAAGAAUAAACUUUUUGUCUGCUCUUGUAUCAGGUGUAUGGAUCCCAGGGAGCUGGGUUCGAAUUGUGGAGUUGUAAAGUGCUUGUCUUGCAUUAAGCAAGGAACUCAACCCCCAGGAGAACUCUUAUCUUCGACCAAGGAUAUGUGUGUCUGGACGUGCAGCAGGUGUGGUGUCAACUCCUCCUUCACUAAGGUGAGGAACCUCAUGUUCAAGAUCAACGAGGAGGUCCAGGACCUCGUCAACACACCCUCCACUACCAUACAGGAGUAUGAAAAGUUCCUCGGUAAGUAUGGCAAGAUCUUGAAUCCUAAGAAUGGCCUGCUCCUCAAAUCCAAAUACCAGCUCUGUGGAAUGUAUGGUCGGGUCCCCGGGUACACACUCUCAGAUCUGUCUCCUGAACUGUUAGAACGGAAAAGAAAUAUUUGUGAAGAUAUUUUUGAAACAUUGAACAUUCUUCAACCUGGUAGAACGAGUAGGAGAGGAUUAAUAUUAUAUGAGCUUCACGCCAGUUUAAUCCUGGCCGGUCGGACCAAACUCCAGACUGACCGGAAAGCUGGUGUAUCUGAUCUCAAGCUUGGAUUGAAGUAUCUCCAGGAGUCCCUGGAGAUACUGAAAACUGAACCUAGGGGAACCCUGUCCUAUAAAAUAUAUCAGGGGGGUCAGGAGUCAUUGUCCCAAGUUCAACAAUUUGUUAUUUCUUUUUUAUAAUUUAUUAAUGAUCUAAAACAUGGAGUUGCAUAAUGUUCAAUGUUAAGGAACCAAACCUAAUGAAUAGCGAGAGGUGGUUGAACUACGUAGAAUAUGUUGAACCACUUUAUCUUGAACCAGCUUCUCUGGAGAAGAGGUUCAACGUGGUCAACGUCAUUGAACAAUUCUAAUAAUUUAUUUUAUUUUCUCCAAGGUUUGAUCAUUUCAAUCUCAUUCAAUCGGCAUUUGAUCAGUGAUUUAAGUCAUCCAAAAAUGAUGAAUAAAAUGAAUUAAGUCUUUACCACAAACUCUGAUUUUCAAAUCCCUAUAUAUAUCUUUGCAAACUUAUGGUGUAACCAAUUGAUAUUUCAAACUUAGAUUAUUAGAUCCAACAGAAUUUAUAGUUUUAGACAUCUAACGUCUACAACACUGGGUUAAAAAGAUAGGAUUAGAAAAAUCAGAGUUUGAGGCAAAGACUAAAUUUUUUGAGAAUUAUACUGGAUCAUUUGAAUCACUGAUCAAAUGCCGAUCAAUUCAAGAAGCAUUGAUGUGUUUUGUUAUUAAUUUAUUAAUGUCAAUGUAAACUUUAUGCUUUAGUUUCUAAAAUAAAAGAAAUGCAAAAUAUUUUCAACAUAAAAACAAUAAAAGCGUUUGUUUCAAUUGCUUAUUUGUAUACUUAUACUAUUUUAUAUAUGUUAUAUAUUUUUUAGCUAAAGGGCACACAUUGCAUGGUGUAUCUAAUUUUCCAACAUCAUAAUUAUAUUUCUUAAAUUUCAAUUCUCUAUUUUAAAACAAUUAUCUUUAGAAAACUCAAAAUUGUGUGAAUUCAUGGAUAGUAAAAGAUAAUGAAAUAAAACAUAAAAUGAAUGAAGCUUGAGUUUGUUUUGUUGGAAAGAAUGGAAAUUCAAGAAUUAGUCUCACAUUGUUAUUCAAUGAAAAAUAUUCAUAUCUCUGUAACUACCUUUA